AUGUCGCUUCAGCAGGUCUGUCGGUUCUCGUAUGACAGACUUGUUGCACUUCUGACGAGUUCGAUUGACAAAAUUGGAGGCGAAGACGACCAAGCCGCGCGUUUGGAUGCGCAAGUCUUGAGCAACGAGCUGAUACCGCCGAACUCAGCUGGCGCGAGCAUGGCUACGUCGUUUGGUGCAACUGGCAUGGGCGUGUUUCCUCAGCCCUAUGAGCCUCAGCCAGGCUAUGCUCCCUACCAGCCUGGCAGGUCGCAGCCCUCUUGGCCUGCUGGCUAUUUUCCCUUCCUCCCACCCCCUGGCCCUACUGGCUAUUUUCCCUUCUUCCAGCCCUAUGCUUCGUAUGGCGCGCCGUUCCUUCCUCCUCAAAACAGCAUGCAAGCUCGGAAGGCUUUCCCCUCCGGCUCGGACGUGGUGGACGGCGUCCUGAAUUUGUCCAGUGGUCGGGUCAAUCCGUCGUAUGCGAAACACCUUCGCGAAAGCAAUGCCCUUGUCAACGUCGACAAGCUUCUCGAGUUCUUACAACUCAAGCAGUUGGAUUCUGGCGAAGUCGUAACUCUCGACUUGUCCACGAACGAACUGCCUGACGAAGAUCUCGAGUUCAUUGCUCCCAUCGUCCAACAUCUCCAGUGCAAUGUGAUCAACCUGAGCUUCAAUCGAUUUGGUGCGGCGGCAGAGCGUGCAGAUCUGACGAACAAUCCUCGCAAGACUGUUGUCGAGCAGAUUCGCAGGUUUGUGAUGCUGCCUAGCGUGAGGUUUGUCAAUCUGGUAGGCAACUACCUGACUGCAAGCGAUUGGCUGGACUGGUUUCAGGACUUGCCAGCAGAGGCUUGGGACAAGAUUGUGUUUAUUCCACUCGUAUGGGUUCGGGACCACGUCUGGGACGGCAGUGACAUUGCUGGGGAACAUUGGCGCCGUUCCAAAGAUUGCCACGAUUUCUUUUACUACUCAGGUACUGCUAAUCCAGUGUUCACCACCCGCGACCGCGAAAUUCUCGUGUUCAUGAAGCUUCCCUCUGCCUCCUGA